AUGGGGCCCGGUAACUUCGAGUUGAUAUUUGACCGCGUGGGGCACUUCGGCAGAUUCCAGAUAGUCCUCUAUUUUAUAUGUGCCUUCCAGAACAUCUCUUGUGGCAUCCACUAUUUGGCUUCUGUGUUCAUGGCAGUCACGCCACCGUAUGUCUGCAGGCCCCCAGGCAAUGUGAGUCAGGUUCUUGUCCACAAUCUCUCUAGUUCAAGGUUGGAGGACAUCUGGACCCUGUUGUCACCAGGCCAGGAAGGUCACAUUGUUGUGCAGCUGCAAGAUGGCACGGUCUGGGAACUCACUGGGUGUCGCCGGUCCUGGAGGGAAGACACCCUGCGCUUGGAAUAUGAAUACAGUGGCAGUAAGCGAGACUUCCCAUGCUUGGAUGGUUACAUCUAUGACCAGAGCAAGUGGGAAAGCACUGUGGUGACUGAGUGGGCUCUGGUCUGUCACCGAGAAUGGCUCGCAAAGCUGAUUCAGCCUGUGUUUAUGCUUGGAGUCCUGCUGGGAGCAGUGAUUUUUGGCUACCUUUCUGACAGGGUAGGAAGACGACUUAUACUGUGGUCAACAAGCAUUGGCAAAUUUUUGUUUGGCAUAGCAGUGGCAUUCACCUUUGAUUAUUACAGCUUCAUGGCCACACGCUUUCUUCUUGCCAUGGCUGCAAGUGGCUAUCUCGUGGUGGUAUUUGUCUAUGUGACAGAAUUCAUUGGCAUGAAGUCUCGGACAUGGGCAUCUAUCCAUGUGCAUUCCUUCUUUGCAGUUGGAAUAAUGACAGUGGCUUUGACGGGCUACUUGGUCAGGACCUGGUGGCUCUACCAGAUAGUCCUCUCCAUAGUGACUGUCCCUUUUGUUCUGUGCUGUUGGAUGCUCCCGGAGACACCUUUCUGGCUUCUCUCAGAAGAAAGAUACGAAGAAGCACAGAAAGUAGUCGAUAUGAUAGCUAAGUGGAAUAGAGCAAGCUCCUGUAAGCUGUCAGAACUUCUGUCCCUGGAUCUAAAUGGCCCUGCUGGUAGCAAUCCCUCAGAAGGCAAGAAGCACAACAUGUUAGAUCUGUUUUGCGACUGGAAUAUUGCAGUAAGAACUCUCACUGUUUGGCUGAUUUGGUUCACAGGGAGUUUGGGAUUUUACUCAUUCUCCUUGAAUUCUGUAAAUUUAGGAGGCAAUGAAUAUUUAAACCUCUUCCUCAUGGGUGCAGUGGAACUUCCAGCCUACGUCUGUGUGUGCAUCGGGAUGGACAAGGUGGGGAGAAGAAACGUUCUGAUCCUCUCCCUCAUCUCCAGUGCACUGAUUUGUGGUACAAUUAUGGUGAUUCCCCAGGAUUACCAUAUUUGGGGUGUGGUGGCAGCAAUGGCUGGCAAAUUUGCCAUAGGGGGAGCAUUUGGCCUCAUUUAUCUAUAUACAGCAGAGCUGUACCCAACCAUUGUAAGGUCGCUGGCUGUGGGAAGUGGCAGCAUGAUGUGCCGUGUGGGAAGCAUCGUGGCCCCGUUCUGCGUGUACCUCACAAGCAUUUGGGUCUUCAUGCCACAGGUGUUAAUCAUGCUAACAUUAAAGCUUCCAGAAACCCUCGGGAAGCCUCUGGCGACAACCUGGGAGGAGGCAGCAAAACUGGAAUCAGCAAAAGAUAGCAGUUCAGGCAAAUUACUUCCCACAAUCAAUAAUACUGUGUUGGAAAAAAUAGAAGUGAUUAAUGAAGGGGAUUCUGGUCUUUGUGAAUAA